AUGGAUUCGGACUCUAUGAUGUUGGAAGCUGAAGAAGUAAAAUUAGAAAACGGUGCUGAAAGAGCCAAAAAUCGGAAAAGAAAGUUACAUAAAACCGUGGAUAAUGCGCACGCCAUACCAGAAAAAUUCGACAAAAGGAUUAUAUUAUCUUUGACCAAGCCAUCUUCCGUUCUAGGACUUGGCCCAAAGACUGGCUCAAAUAUUGUGAGAUGGGAAAAUCGUGGCAGGUUAUGCUAUCUGUUGCGCAAGCUCGCGAGACAGCACAAUUGGAUAGAAUUAGGCGGCGUGUUGAGCAUGUUCUUAAAAGGGACAUGCAAGGACAGAUCUCCCGCAAACAAUCGUUUGAAGUAUUCCGUUUCAAUGGAGCUUCUUAAGAAUAUGAAAAGUGAUCGUAUCAACCCCAGCAGGAUUAAGAACAUUUAUGACGUUUGGAUGAGAAAGAUUGGAUCAAUGAAAGAUUGCCCAAUAGAGGAUAAAUUUGUGGUUUACUCGGAGUUCAUCCUGUUCUGUCUUAUGCACGAUAGUAUUGAGGAAGCACAUCAGGCUGCCCUUUGCCUUAAGCAAGAACGUGAACUUGGUGCUGUCCCUUUUUCAAAUAUGCUCUUGGGCUUGACAUUCCAUCAACUUUGGUACUCAACUAUCCCAAAAGAGAUGCAGUGGGGAGAUUCAGACAAGUUUUACUCCCCCAGGCGCUCGGACAUGUUGGGAACAAGAUUCAUCAACUCAGUUGGAAAUUCUGAGUGGGAUAAUGCAAAUGAUACUUACAAGGCUGAUAUUCCCUCUCGACAUGAUUCAGAAACCUCUGUCAUGAAUGAUAAACAAAUAUCUGGGGAUGCUGAUAUUAAUCAAUCCAGAGAAGCAUCUGUGGAUGUUGAUGUUGGUCUGCAAGGAGAAAAUCAUACGCAGAACUUCCAGCCUCAAGAUUUUUCCAUGAACUCUGAUGAAAAUACUGGAAAUGAAACCUCGUUCUCUAAUCAUGGCGAUUAUAUGCAGUAUGCUUCCAAUUUAUCUACUCUCCGGGGCAUCGAUGCCUGGCUGCUGCCCUUGCAAUUGCCGGACCCUACAGAGAAUCCCGAGGAUUUCAUCAAUUUGCAUAGGAAAAUGCUUAAUGACUAUUAUAUGGAUGCAGUUAAGUAUUUUCAACAGGCUCUUCACUCAACACCCCCUUUGUCGGAGGCCUUACUCCCUUUGAUACAGUUGUUGCUGAUUGGUGGUCGAGUUGACGAGGCCCUAAAUGAGCUAGAGAAGCUCUGUUCUCAUUCAAUCGCAGCACUUCCUUUCAGGUUGAAGGCUAGUCUUUUGGAACAUUUUAAUUCCAAUAACUCUGUCGUGCUUUCUGCCUGCUUUGAGGAUAUCCUAAAGAAGGACCCAACAUGUUCCCAUUCAUUGGCGAAGCUUGUCAGGAUGCAUCAAAGUGGGGAUUAUGGUCUUGAAUCCCUAUUGGAAAUGAUAGCUUUGCAUUUAGAUGCUACCUAUGCAGAGUAUAAUACAUGGAGAGAGUUUGCUUCAUGUUUUAUCAAACUUUCUCAAUAUGAAGAGGAUCGAUUGUCUGUGUGCCAGAAUGAAAACGAAGAUAUGCAGGAGCAACCUGACUCUAUUCAUUUUAGUUAGACCCCCAGGAUAUUUUCAGAGAGGCAAUCAGGAAAGAGUUGGAGGCAUCGAUGCAGAUGGUGGUUGACACGUCACUUCAGUAAAAACAUUCUUGUAUCAGAAAUUGCGGCAGGUGAUUUGCAGCUCCUGACUUAUAAAGCUGCAUGUGCAACACAUCUUUAUGGACAAGAGUUCAAAUAUGUUGUGGAAGCUUCUAAUUGUUUG